AUCAACACGAAGAAGAAACAUCCAGGAACCAUCAGCUAGCAAAACAUUUUGACUGAAAGAUAAACCAAUUUAUGUAACAAUGGCUUAUUUGUCUAAUAAUGAUGAUUUGUUUGACUCGAUUAUAAUGGCGGAUAACAGAUUUCAUAUUGAAGCUUAUCAAGAAGGAUUUGAAGAGGGAAUUCGACAAGGAACUAUCGAGGGCAAAAACCACGGGCGUCUGCACGGAGCAAAACUCAGUGCAGAGGUUUCCUUUUAUUAUGGAUUUGCAGUUGCAUGGAAAUGUCUCCUUCAAAACAGUAGUGAUAUUAAAGCAAGGAAGAGGCUAAAAGCUGUGGAGUCUUUGGUUGGAGUGAUUCAGAAUUAUCCAUAUGAAGACCCACAGUAUGAAAAACUUCAAGAUGUCAUGGCAACAGUGCGGGCCAAGUUUAGACAGGUAUCCUAUUAACAAUCUCCAGUCAUCUCUGUGUAAGGUUUGCUCUUUACUGAAUGUGUCAACAGACUUCAGAGAAUAUGUGAAUGGAUCAACAGAAAUGUCCUUCUGAGACUCCAAGAGCUCUUCAACAUCUUUGGAAGAAAACUCUUUGUGGCCUCGGCUCGAGUACACAGAGGUCAUCUGCUGACAGCCAGUAUUGGGGAUGUACUGGGUGUAGAUGUGGAUGAGUAGACACAUCACUCGUGUUGGCCGUGUUUCGGAAUGGUCCAUUAAACAGACUUCUUAAAAAAACACAGAAUGGAAAAGUGUCCUUGCUCAGGAUUUUAAGAAUGGCCAGUUAAGGAAUUUUAAAGUUACAUGUUUUGAGGGAAAAUGGCACAAAUCUGAUUGGUUGCUCAGUUUGAGUAAUAGAAUACAACUUUGAGAUAUAUGAUACAAACAGAAAGUAACUUAUACCACGAUGGUUUUAUAGAUAUAUAUAUAUUUUGAUAUUUUAGCCUUUUCCUAAGUUACUAUGAUGGUGAAAUUAAUUGCUUGUACAAGAGUGCUGUGGUGCCAUCUUGUGGUGAAAUUAAAGAAUACUUACAACUAAGUGGCGCCACCUGCUGGCAUGACGCAAGUACUGCGGGGUUCUCUCGUCAUGAGACAUCCAAGAUGCAUGGGCAUGGCUGUUUUUUUACUUUUUGGUAUAACGAGACAUUUUAUAAUAAAAUGACUUUUAUUCUUAAAUGUCUGAAUUCAAUGUAUUUCUAAUGCCUAAAUUAGUUUAUUAUUGUUAGUUUUUUUAUUAUACAUUUAAUACAUCUCCCCUAUGUUAGUUGUUUUACAUUUCAAAGUAAAUAA